AUGAAAUUUGCAAAGGAGCUCGAACAAGACCUGGUGCCAGAAUGGCGGGCAAAAUACUUCGAUUACAAGAUUGGGAAGAAAAAAGUCAAAGCAGUCGCACGGGCUCUCAAAAGCGUCAAUCAAACUCCCAGGACGCCUGGACGCCAAUUACCCUCCAACCUUCUCAAUAAUGCCUUCCAAUCGCCCAUCCGCAACCAUGCCGCUCGACACACCUCAUCCCCACACACAACCCCAGAGCGUCGCGCCUCAGCUCUCACGUCCUAUGGCUCUGCGAAAGACACGCUUCGAGGCCGAUCAACCUCAUCGCAAAUUGGUCCUUAUGAAGAAAUCAGCUCGGAAGGAAGCUCAGAAGGGCGAGAGGGGUCAGCACCGUUGACUAUACCUGGCCAAGGGAUUUCGCAGGGAGCAAUAGAUGAUAUCAUUGCAACACCACCACCGCGCAACAUACCAAUGGGCCCGCCUUCCCUCGAGCUGCCAGACCCGGCCCUCUCCCCCAGCGAAGAGGCCUUUCCUCGUCAUAACCGUGCUUGGCGCCAAAGCCGGUUCAAUCCCAAUUCGCACCCUACUCCGCCACCUGUGAGAAAUGAGGGCAAGCCUGGAGAUGCAUAUGAAGUCGGUAAGACUUCCGUGCCAUCCAAGCUAGGUUCUUCUCAACUUCUGCCAAAGAACAAGAAUGUCUUUAAGACCCGAAGAACGAUGUCUACGCCUGGACCACUUAUCAACUCACCCCGGCCUCCCCUAAUACGACGCCUGUUUUCUACUGCUGGAUUAGAGUCCCCUCAACUAGGCGAUGUUCCAUUGGAGGCAUACAAGGAGUUCGAUCUACGUCAAGCCGAAUACUUCACUUUUUUGGACAAGGAGCUGGAGAAGAUAGAUUCGUUCUACAAGAUGAAAGAAGCUCAGGCUGGCGCACGACUGCUGCUUUUGAGGGAGCAAUUGCAUAUAAUGCGUGAUCGUAGAAUGCAAGAGCUCCAAGCUGAGCAGAUAGCUAGGGAGAGAGCAAGGCUAGAACACGAGCGGAUAGCAUCGAGUGGCCAUGCUGGGAUACCCAACAAGUUGACCCUCAAUCACAGGAGUGGGCAACACAAUCGAGCAGUUUCUUCUGCCCUUAAAUGGAUGGAGCCUAUCGAGAAUGCCAUAGGGGUUGGGCCUUCGCGUGUCGGAAAAGUCACCAAGAGUAUGCAGCAAUGGGGAUCCCCAUCAGGGCCACAAGCCCACAAUCCUGAACAAUCAAGUCGCCCUGACUCAUGGAGAGACUUCUCCCGUCGGCCCACGCACCCAGACGACGUCCCAUACCGAGCUGCGAAGCGGAAACUCAAACUUGCCCUUCAAGAAUUUUACAGAGGUCUGGAACUUUUGAAAUCAUAUGCACUCCUGAAUAGAACGGCCUUUCGCAAGAUCAACAAGAAGUACGACAAGGCGAUCAAAGCUCGUCCUACCGGGCGUUAUAUGUCUGAGAAAGUGAACAAGUCGUGGUUUGUGCAGAGCGAAGUCUUGGAGGGGCAACUUGUAGCUGUCGAAGACCUUUAUGCGAGGUACUUCGAGCGUAACAAUCAUAAGAUUGCUGUUGGCAAGCUCAGGAGUAAAAGCGCCAGAGCUGCUGACUUCAGUGGCAGCAUCUUUCGCAAUGGCCUUCUCCUUGCAGCUGGACUGGUUUUUGGCAUUCAAGGAAUCGUGUACGGAGCUGAUCAUUUGUCAAAUUCAGACCCCGUUGUGAGCACUGAUGCGAGCUAUCUCUUGCAGAUUUACGCCGGCUACUUUCUAGGUUUGUUCCUUUUCCUUCUCUUCUGCUUGGAUUGUAAGGUGUGGACACGAGCGAAGAUCAAUUACCCAUUCAUCUUUGAGUUCGACAGUCGGCACAAUCUUGAUUGGCAUCAACUGGCCGAACUUCCAUGCCUGUUGCUGUUCUUGCUAGGGCUAUGCUUGUGGCUCAACUUCCAGCAGUCAGGCACGGACGCCAUGUUCCUUUACUGGCCGGUGCUGUUAAUUGGCCUUACCGUCCUGAUUCUAUUCAUGCCUGCCCCAAUUCUCUACCACAGGAGCCGCGAGUGGUGGGCAUACUCUAAUUUCAGGUUGCUCCUCGCUGGGCUGUAUCCCGUCGAAUUUAGAGAUUUCUUUCUUGGGGACAUGUAUUGCUCCCAGACAUACUCCAUGGGGAAUCUGGAGCUCUUCUUCUGUCUCUACGCAAAGGAUUGGAAUAAUCCCGGCCAGUGUAACUCAACACAUUCACGACUUCUCGGCUUUUUCUCGACAGUUCCCGGCAUUUGGCGAGCAUUGCAAUGUUUAAGACGUUACUAUGAUACCCGGAAUGCGUUUCCUCAUUUGGUCAACUGCGGUAAAUACACAUUUACAAUUCUUUUCUACAUGUCGCUCAGUCUAUACCGGAUCGACAAAAACGAUUCUCUAAAAGCUCUGUUUAUUACCUUUGCGACUGUUAAUUCGAUCUACUGCUCUAUUUGGGAUCUUGCGAUGGAUUGGAGUCUCUGCAACCCGUACUCCGAACACCCUUUUCUGCGCGACGUUCUUGGCUACAAGCGACCUUGGGUGUACUACCUCGCCAUGGUCCUCGACCCUAUACUCCGGUUCAAUUGGAUCUUCUAUGCCAUCUUCUCUGGCGAGCUGCAGCACUCCGCGCUCCUCAGCUUCUUCGUCGGCUUUUCAGAAGUGUGUCGCAGAGGCAUCUGGACAUUGUUUCGUGUUGAAAACGAACACUGUACGAACGUCGGCCGCUUCCGAGCCUCACGAGAUGUGCCGUUACCUUACGAGAUCACGACACCUUCAUCUUCCACACCAGAAGAAGAAGAAGAGCCCCAAUCGCAUCCUUCGCCUGAACAACAUCGCCGUACCGCCCCACUCCAAGCCUCGCCAUCCUCCGUAGGCACAUCAUCCAACCUCGAAGCCCAACCGCAGUCCGGCUCCCUUCGCCGCCGCCAAACCGUGACCAACACCCCUAUCCAACGCGGCAUAGCCCGUGUCGGUACUGUCAUAGCACAGGCUCACGCUCAAGACUUCGAAAAGAAGAGAAGACCCGAUGUUCCUGAAUCCGCGUCUCCGUACCAUGGAGCCAGGACCGGCCCGGUAGAGAGCAGUGAUGAGGAGGAUGAGGAAGAAGAAGGGAGCGAGGCUACCGGUGGCCAUGCGGAAGGAGACGGUGGCGAAGAGACAAGGGCUGAUGAGGAGGAUGUGCAGGAUGUAGGGGAGAUAUUGAGGCGGCAUAAGAGUGCUACCGAGUGA